AUGACGUUGCUGAAUAAAGAUCACGUAAUUACGAUCGAUCUAGAAGCAUCGUGCACGUCUUGCUUGAAUUCGUCUCACGACAGACGCGAUCAAGCUGGCUUUAAUAGAGAAAAUUGUUCGAAUUCGACAGAAGGAAAACAUGAUCAAGCUAGAAGAAGAUUGACGUAUUUCACGGAUAACAGCGUGGUACUAGAUCAAAUGAUGAUGAUAAAUAGGAAAACAAGAAAUGCUUCAACCGUAGGCGAUAAGACUGACGUAAGCGUUAAUGCAAGCAAGCGUCGAGUUGAAAACACUGUAGAAUCUCAUAAAGAAAUAUUUUGGAGAAGUUCGCCCGUAAUGAAAUUAGGAAAUAGCGUAGAAAGAGUAAACGAAGAUAAAGUAACUUCUACAAGAACCGAAACAGAGGGAGUAGAGAAGAUGGUCGAUAAAAUCAUGAUAAAACACAGUACUCGUGGUUAUCAGCAUGCGGACGUAAAAUGUAAAAAUAUGGAUUGCAAUUAUAUAAAGAAUGUUAGAAAUAUGAAUACCGAGUUAACGAAACCAGAAUGUAUGAAAAUUUUAAAGGAGAUUAAGGAACGUACUAAAACUUUGGAAGAACAAUUGAUACUUAUAAAUAAGAACAUUACGGUUAAGACAAGGAGGAGUGAAAAGUUUUCUAUUUCUGAGCACAAUAUAGAUUGUACGUCGAGUAUUAAAUACAUUUAUAAUAUUAAGCAACACAGAGAUAUAAUUACACAGCAGCCGGAAAAGGAAGAUGUGUCGAUACAAGAACCUAGUCAGAAUGAUAUCACAUGUGUUAAAUGUGUACAGAAUACAACAAUAAUAUCGGGAAACAACCUCGAUUCGCAGAAAAGUAAAAAGCAGAAUGUAAUUCCCCAGGAAACUGAUAAAAAGACGUCAUACACAGAAUAUAUUGUUGGUGGUAAUAAAAUGAAAGAUAAAAAUGAUAAAGACGGGCGUUACAAGUUUAAUACAAAAACUAUCAAUGAUAUAGACAAACAAAUCAAUCAUAAAUUGCUUAGAUUUUGUAAUGUUACUAAUUCAAAGAAAAUACAAAAUUUACAAGAUCGACAUGCAUGGUCUGCAUCCUCUUUUAUUCUUAAUCAUUCAAAUUUUAGACCACUCACGUCGUUCACGCCUGAAAAAACGAACUUGUCGAGCAACAAAAAAUGUCUUUCUCAUAGUUCGUCUUCUAGGCAGACCAAUGCCUCGUCUGAUAAGGCUUUAGGAACGAAACAGGUUAAGGAACGAGAAGAACGUCCAAUUAAUUUUACAAACCUAAAUAACAAACAAGAAAGUUCGCAUUGUCGAGAGAAAGCUAUUAUAAUGACGCUUUCAACGAGAGCUGUAAAUAAUACAUAUUUAAAAUCCAUGUAUAAAAAAAUGGAAUUUAUGCAUUUUAAACCAAGACGCGUCGUUGAUUCGUGUGUCGUGCGUGAUCGAAGAUCGAUAAAAUCUACAUUGCCAAAACGUAGAGUUCAGAUACCCGCUGUGUUCAGACAAAUGAAAUCUGUACAGUGUAAAGUCGAAGAAUUCGUUGACUCUGUUAAAAAUAGUCGCGAUGACUUUACAGACCAGACGAUAGAAGAUCGAAAAGUAUCAAAUCUAAUGCCGACUGUUUCUACACAGACGUCCAAUUUAUAUAUUAACACUGCCACUUCGGUUUCUCGAGUUACGUUUAACGAUAAAAAGUAUACUAGAGAAAAAAUAGCACAAACAGGAACUUGUGUAUUGAGUUAAAGAACACGUUUAAAAUUAAGACGAAAUUUUAAUCAACGGACAGUUCGAUUUACAGUAUUUAAAAUAAGACUAUAUUGCGUCAACGUAUGCGUAUCGUAAGAUUUUAGCUUUUAACUUAUUUGAAAUAUUUCUAUAAAUGACAAAGUCUAUUUAUAUUCGGGCAGAGCCCGAGUUGUUUCUAACUGUAAAUCAUAGUAUGUAAAUUUCUGGGGAACAUGUGUCGAUUGUAGGACAGUAAACAUCAUUUCCUAUUUUUAUAACCUUCUUCUCUUCCCUCCAUCCCACGCUUUUUCCACUUCCACGGAAUAAAUCGAUACGAAUAGUUUGGAUACAUUUAUUUUUUUCGCGCGUUAACGCUUUGCAUUUAAACAUUUGUUAAAAAAUAAAAAAUAAAAAAAGUUUUGUCAUUGAUUGGUAACGUGAUUUAUCUUCUCAUCCAAAUAUUCGAUCACGGAUCAGAUUGCCUAAUAGUGGGGGACACAAAUUUUACUCGAAGAGUAGAGAUUUUCUUUCACAUAUAGAGAGACUUUACUCUAAUAUGAAAAUAAGAAAUUUGUAUUGCCGUACCAAGAGUUGAAGUUACUUUGAACUGCAACUAGUUUGGUCAAUAGUGAAAGUGUAUGUAACGUAAUAUUUUGCGAGCGUCAGUCUUGAAUCGAGAAAUUGUAAGACUGUGCUGGUAUUGAUAUAUAAUAUAAAAUUGUUAUUGUAUCGUACGCAUGA